GAGUCUCGAAGCGCGUUGUGUAGUAGAUGGUUGUCUUUUCUUGUCGAAUCCUGAAUUUUGCAUCAGAAACCUAACCAUCAUCUUUUGAGUACAAUUAUUUUAAAUUUAACUUUACCACAACUAAUAUUACUUCCUUUUGAGAAAAAAUGUAUUUCUAAGCAUCUGAUAAUUUUUAAUAUUAUGUUGGGUCAUAACUCCAUAGAAGAACUACAGGGAUACGUUAUUAGGCCUGAACCGUAAAAUACUUUACAGAAAAUCAACCAAAAUGAUGCGAUUAUUACUGAACAACGUUGGAGGCCUGAAGAGGUUUUGCAGCAGCCCGAAGUUGCCGCUUACAUCAAUCAGGAAAAGUCAUAUUGCUGCACAAAACGCCGAGAGGAGCAACAGUGAAGUAUAUGCUGAAGGUGACUGUAUAGAAGGAUUCAUUGUUAAGAGGAGAUACGAUGUCCCCGAUUUGUUCCUCAAGUGUAUAGAACUAGAACAUUUGAAGAGUGGCGCCGAAUACUUACAUUUGCAACGAGAAGAUAGUAAUAAUGUGUUUGGUAUCGGCUUCAAAACCAUUCCAUUCGACUCAUCUGGCGUCGCUCACAUUUUGGAACACUUGGUGCUUUGUGGCAGUGAGAAAUAUCCUUGUCGUGACCCAUUCAUGAAAAUGCUAAAUCGGUCUCAAGCAACCUACAUCAACGCAUUCACAGGUCCAGACUAUACUUUCUAUCCUUUCUCCACAAUGAAUAAUUCUGAUUACAAAAAUUUGAUGUCUGUCUACUUGGAUGCAGUUUUCCGACCAAAGCUUCGAAAUCUAGAUUUCCUACAAGAGGGUUGGAGACUUGAGAAUGAAACUAUUGAUGACCCCAACUCUCCCAUUAUUUUCAAAGGCGUUGUUUUCAAUGAAAUGAAAGGGGCUUUUUCAGAAAAUGUUAAUGUAUUCUACAUGAAUGUACUCAACAAUCUGAUGCCUAGUCACACAUACGGUGUGGUGAGUGGAGGUGAUCCUCUAAAGAUACCUUCAUUAACAUAUGAUAAUCUGAAAAGGUUCUAUUCUGAUUAUUAUCAUCCAAGUAAUGCCAGAUUUUAUUCGUAUGGUAACUUCCCGCUCAGACAUAAUCUCAGAUUCAUUAAUGAGGAAUAUCUUUCGAAAGUAGACAAAGUUGAGUCAAAAAAGAGUGAGGUACCGUCAGAGUCAAGAUGGCUAGAACCUAAAAGAAAACAUAUCUAUUGUCAAAAGGAUGUCAUGGCAGACCCAGAAAAACAAUCAUAUAUCGAUAUUAGUCAUGCGUGUUGUGAUAUAACAGACAUUCAAGAAUGUUUUGUUCUAGAAUUAGUUUCGACUCUACUACUGGAUGGCCCCAAUUCCGCUCUAUACAAGUCUCUUGUUGAACCAGGAAUUGCAUCUGGGUUCAACCCAGUCACGGGAUUCACCAAUUUCACCAAAACUACUGCUUUAAAUGUAGCUCUACAAGGCUUGAAUGAUAAAGACUUUGAUUGGGCUAUUAAUACUUUUGAUAAAAGCAUUGAGGAGGUGAUAGAGAAGGGUUUUGAUCAGAGACAAUUAGAAGGUAUUCUUCAUAACAUUGAAUUGAGUAUCAAACAUCAAUCAGAAGAUUUUGGUAUAAAGAUGUUAACUUUUGUGAACUCUGUUUGGAAUCAUGGUGGCAGUGUCCGCACCCUCUUGAACGUCAACGACCGCUUAACUUCACUGAAGAAGGAUAUGACAGAUGAUUCGAAAUACCUACAGAAAAUUGUUGAAAAAUAUUUGAAGAAUAAUUCACAUCGCUUGAUUCUCACAAUGUCCCCGAAAGAAAAUUUUGAUUCUAUUCUUCAACAAGAAGAAAGUGAUUUACUCAAAACAAAGAUUGAAAGUUUGGAGGAAAAAGAUAUUGAAGCUAUGCGAAGUACAAACCUGUUAUUGAAAGAUCAUCAAGAUAAAAAGGAUGAUGUCUCUGUUCUUCCGACUCUAACCAUGGCUGACAUCAACAAAGAAAUAGAAAGAGUUGAUUUGAAAAAUAUAACUUUGUCUGGUGUACCUGUCCAAAUGAGUUUGCAGCCAACCAAUGGUUUGGUGUAUGUGCGUGGGCUAAUCAAUGCGCAUCACUUGUCUGAUGAAUGUAAACUAAUGCUUCCACUAUUCUGCCAUGUGGCCACCGAAAUGGGCACAGCUUCGAAAGAUUAUAGGGAAAUGGACCUUCUUAUUAAAUCUGUUUCUGAAUCGUUCAACUUCUCACACAACAUUGUAGAAAGCUUGAACAAUGUUAGAGGGUUUGAAGAAUCUGUAAUGUUCUCAUCAUUUUGUUUGAAUAGAAACCUUGAAGAGAUGUUGAGCUUAUGGCUAGGACUCUUUCAUUAUAUGGCGGUCGAUCAAGCAGAACGAUUCAAAACCCUGGUGACUAUUUUAGCAGCUGAUUGCCUCAAUGGAAUUGCAGAUCAAGGUCAUGCUUAUUCAAUGAACUUAGCAUCAAGUCUUGUAAGCCCAGCUUUUCAAAGAAAGGAGCUUUCGUCUGGUAUAACAUAUGUCAAGAAACUCCAGGAAAUAGCUCAGAGUGAUCCUGAAGAGAGUCUUCAUUUCAUUAGGAUAAUUUCAUCUCAACUUCUCAAUAAGGAGCGAUUGAGAACAGCUUUAAAUUUCUCACCACCUGAUGAAGACAAUGUAUUAAAACACCAUUCAUCAUUCUGUGACGCUUUGAGUGGAUCAUUCAGAGAAUCUAAUUACGAGACUUUCGACUCAUUGAUUGCCGAUUCGUCAAACAAAGGAGUACAUCACGUGAUUCCUUUCCAGAUAGGCUACGCAGCUAAAUCAUGUGUAACUGUUCCAUUUGAGCACAGUGAUUUUGCUCCACUGCGGGUUUUGUGCCAGUUAUUAUCAGCUAAGUAUCUCUUACCAGUUGUUCGUGAAAAAGGAGGUGCUUAUGGAUCUGGAUGCAGAAUCACAAAUGGAGGUGUCAUCAAUUUUUUCUCAUAUAAAGAUCCAAAUCCAGUUCAAAGUCUUGAUGUUUUUGAUCAAUCUCUGACUUGGUUGAUGAAGAAAGAAUUCUCGAAGAACGAUAUUCAAGAAGCCAAGUUGGGUGUAUUCAAAAGUCUUGACCUACCAGUGCCACCAGGUAACAAAGGUCUCUCGGCAUUCAUCUCUGGUCUCAGUGAUGACAAAUUGCAAAGGCACAGGACGUCCUUAAUAAAUGUAUCUGAAGAAGAUGUCAUGAGAGCUGCUCAGAAAUAUCUCAAUUUGGAUUCUAAUCUGCCCGAAGGAAGAGCAGUGAUUGGACCGUUGAACAAGAAUGUUUUAAAAAGGAGCAACGAAUCGUGGCAAAUAAUUGAAUAAGAAAGUUUUGCUAUAAUGAUGAUUUCAACAUCCAUCAAAUCUUAUCUUGUUUUUCUAAUAUUAUGUUCAAAUUUUUCUCAAUACUUAGAUUAUUCUUAUUCAAUAUUUACAUUCAUGCAAUCAAAACUUCAGUUAUUUCAUAUGAUGAUUUAUCACUAAAUCAGCUAAUUAAAUCUUUUUAUUACGUUACAAUACUCUUGUAAAUUGAGAAUAUGUGGUGUUUCAGUUGGAUACAAUUUGAAAAUUUUACAAAAUUGUUUAGAUCUUUAGAUUGUAAAAUUGUUUGUCAAUCUUUAAAUUGUGAAAUUUUUUGUCUCUUGGUACUUGAGAAUAUGUAGUAUUUCAGUAAGAAACAAUUUGAAGAAUUUACAAUAUUGUUUAAAUCUGUUAAAUUGUGUAAUUGUUUGUCUCUUGGUACUUGAUAAUAUAUGGUGUUUCAGUUGGAUACAAUUUGAAAAUUUUACAAAAAUGUUUAGAUCUUUAGAUUGUAAAAUUGUUUGUCAAUCUUUAAAUUAUGAAAUUUUUGUCUCUUGGUACUUAAGAAUAUGUGGUAUUUCAGUAAGAAACAAUUUGAAGAAAUUACAAUAUUGUUUAAAUCUGUUAACUGUAAAAUUGUUUGUGAAUCUUUAAAUUGUGUAAUUGUUUGUCUCUUGGUACUUGAUAAUAUGUGGUGUUUCAGUUAGAUACAAUUUGAAAAAUUGUAUAAAUCUUUAGAUCUUUAGAUUGUAAAAUUGUUUGUCAAUCUUUAAAUUAUGAAAUUAUUACAGUAAGAAACAAUUAUAAACAGUAAGAAACAAUUUGAAGAAUUUACAAUAUUGUUUAAAUCUGUUAACUGUAAAAUUGUUUGUGAAUCUUUAAAUUGUGUAAUUGUUUGUCUCUUGGUACUUGAGAAAAUAUGGUUUUCAGUUAGAUACAAUUUGAAAAAUUGUAUAAAUCUUUAGAUUGUGAAAAUGUUUGUGAAUCUGUAAAUUGUGAAAUUGUUUGUCUCUUGGUACUUGAGAAUAUGUGGUAUUAAAUUGUUAGAAACAAUUUGAAAAAUUUACAAAAAUGUAUAAAUCUUUAAAUUGUAAAAUUAUUUGUGAAUCUUAAAAUUGUGAAAUUGUUUGUCUUUUGGUACUUGAGAAUAAUGUAGUAUUUCAGUUAGAAACAGUUUGAAAAUUUGUUAAAUAUCUCCAUCAAAAAAUAUCUCAAGAAAAUUAAGAAAGUGUAAAUUUGUAAAAUACAUUAAUAAAGUUACGUUUGAGUAAA